CAUUCCAAAGAUAUAAAGGAUAGAUAAGUCCGGCGCUGCUGGCUUGGGUUCUUGUCACGAGCUUUAAAAACUUGUUGGUAGUGUAAAAAGGCUAAAGCCGAUGAAUGUCUUGGCAAGCUGCUAACCAACAAAUAUACCCGUUCCUCCAGACGAGAUCAUAGACGAGAUCAUAGACGUAUCAAGUAGUAUAACUCAUCGACUCUUCUUCCCAGUCUCGUGACCAUCAUGUCGUUACCCUCAGACUUCCAAUGGGGGUUUGCCACGGCUGCCUUCCAGGUCGAAGGUGCCACGGACAAGGACGGCCGCGGUCCAACUAUAUGGGACAAGUUCUGUGCGAUACCAGGUAAAAUUGCCGACAAGAGCGACGGAUCUGUUGCUUGCGACUCAUAUAACCGGACCGCUGAAGAUAUCGAGCUCCUGAAAAGCACGAAGGCAAAGGUAUACCGUUUCUCCUUAUCAUGGGCUCGAAUUAUUCCUCUCGGUGGCCGUAAUGAUCCCAUCAACCAAAAGGGCAUCGAUCAUUACGUUAAGUUUGUCGACGACUUACUCGAAGCUGGCAUUACACCCUUCAUCACCCUACUGCAUUGGGAUGUCCCAGAUGGGAUUGAGCAGCGAUAUGGCGGGCUUCUCAACCGAGAAGAAUUCCCACUCGAUUUUGAGCACUACGCUCGCGUAGUAUUCAAGGCGAUUCCCAAGUGCAAGAACUGGAUUACCUUCAACGAGCCCUUUUGCAGCUCCAUCCUCGGCUACAACACCGGUCUCUUCGCACCAGGCCAUACAUCUAACCGGACCAAGUCUCCUGUUGGCGACUCAAGCCGUGAGCCGUGGACAGUCGGCCACAACAUCUUAGUAGCUCACGGUAGAGCUGUAAAAGUGUACCGCAAAGAAUUCAAGCCCACGGACAAGGGUCAGAUCGGCAUCACACUGAACGGAGACUGGGCAUACCCCUGGGACCCGGAGGAUCCCGAGGACGUCGAAGCCGCCGAGCGCAAGAUCGAAUUCGCCAUCUCAUGGUUUGCCGACCCCGUGUAUUUCGGGAAAUACCCCGAUUCCAUGCGCAAGCAGCUCGGGGACCGUCUACCAGAGUUCACCCCAGAGGAAGCCGCGCUGGUCAAGGAGUCCAACGACUUCUACGGCAUGAACCAUUACACAGCCGACUACAUCAAGCACAAGACCGGGGAGGCAGCGCCGGAUGAUUUCCUCGGGAAUCUAACGACGCACUCGACCAACAAGAAAGGCGACAUCAUCGGCCCGGAGACGCAGUCCUUCUGGCUGCGGCCGAACCCGCAAGGGUUCCGCAACCUGAUCAACUGGCUCAGCAAGCGGUACGGGUACCCGGCGAUCUACGUGACGGAGAACGGGACGAGCAUCAAGGGCGAGAACGACCUGCCCGUGGAGAAGAUCCUCGAAGACCAGUUCCGCGUGGACUACUUCCGGGACUACAUCCACGCCAUGGCGAAAGCCGUGUCCGAAGACGGGUGUAAUGUCAAGGGGUACAUGGCGUGGUCGCUGAUGGAUAACUUCGAGUGGGCCGAGGGGUAUGAGACGCGCUUCGGCGUCACGUACGUCGAUUACAAGAAUAACCAGAAGAGGACGCCUAAGAAGAGCGCGAGGGAGAUGCAUAAGAUCUUUGAAGAGGUCAUUAAGACGGAUUAGAUAGAC